UCGCUCCCCGAAACCAUCUUUACCUUCACUCGUUUCCCAACCUGGUCGAUUUUCGCUUUACUGCGUCGGCGCAAAACGACAAAAAGCCCACCAAACACAAUGUCCGAGAGCUACGUUGCACCCAGAGACCAGCGCCAUUUGCGCGCAUGCAUGGUCUGCUCGAUUGUUGUUCACCAAAAGCGCUUCUACGAUGAAGGGUGUCCCAACUGCGAAGACUUUCUGCAUCUCCAGGGCUCGACGGACCAGAUCGAGAGCUGCACGUCGCAGGUGUUCGAGGGCCUGAUCUCGCUGGCCGACCCGACAAAGUCUUGGGUCGCCAAGUGGCAGCGGCUGGAUGGUUACGUCAGAGGGGUUUAUGCCAUCAAGGUCUCUGGCCAGCUGCCGGAUGAUGUUAGGGCUACGAUUGAGGACGAGUAUAGGAUACAGUACAUCCCCCGUGAUGGAAGUGCCACAGAGGCAGACGUUUAG